UCCCUGUCGCAGGCAGACGAUGAGCACUACAUCCCGCGAGCCGUGCUGCUGGACCUGGAGCCCCGAGUUAUCCACUCCAUCCUGAACUCCCCAUACGCCAACCUCUACAACCCAGAGAACAUCUACCUGUCUGAGCACGGAGGGGGAGCUGGGAACAACUGGGCCAGUGGCUUCUCACCGGGAGAAAAAAUCCACGAAGAUAUUUUUGAUAUAAUAGACAGAGAGGCUGAUGGGAGCGACAGUUUGGAAGGGUUCGUGCUUUGCCACUCGAUUGCCGGCGGGACGGGCUCCGGGCUGGGCUCGUACCUCCUGGAGAGACUGAAUGACAGGUAUCCCAAGAAGCUGGUGGAGACCUACUCAGUUUUCCCAAACCAGGACGAGAUGAGCGAUGUUGUGGUGCAGCCGUACAACUCUCUGCUGACGCUGAAGCGGCUGACUCAGAACGCCGACUGCGUGGUGGUCCUGGACAACACAGCCUUGAAUCGGAUUGCAACGGACCGGCUGCACAUUCAGAACCCGUCCUUCUCACAGAUCAACCAGCUGGUCUCCACCAUCAUGUCUGCCAGCACCACCACGCUCAGGUACCCCGGGUACAUGAACAACGACCUCAUCGGGCUGAUCGCCUCGCUGAUCCCCACCCCCCGGCUGCACUUCCUUAUGACCGGCUACACGCCGCUCACCACCGACCAGUCG